AUGAGCCCCCCCGACUCACGGACCAUGUCCACCCUCCGCCGACAUGGCAUCACCAGCUACCACCACGCCGCGCGAAAAGUCAACAAGAGCGACUUUCUAAAAUUUGACUACGUGCUCGCCAUGGACAAAUCCAAUCUGCGCGAUCUCCUGGAUACCCGCGAGUCCGUCAUCAAUUCAUUGAACCGAAAGGCCGAUCCCAAGUCUUCUGCCAAGAGCACCCGAGCCGCGCGGGACGCUGCGCUGGGCGCUGCUGGUGAGGACGCCAAGGUCGCCGAGGUUCGCUUGUUCGGUGACUUUGGUCGUGGUGGAAAAUUACAUGAUCGUGUGGGUGGUGGGGAGGUUGUGCAGGAUCCCUAUUACGGUGGCGCCAACGGUUUCGAAGAGGUCUAUCAACAAGUCGUGAGGUUCUCGCAGGGCUUUGUGGAUUAUCUGGAGAGCGAUGAGUAA